AUGUCGUCUUUCGAAGUGCUACAGUUGGCCUUCUACGCCCUGGUCAUCUCCUCCGUCGCCGCCUACGGAUUCUUCCAUGGCCGCUUCCUCAAGAACCCCAUCACUCGGACAAGCAUCCUCCUCACGAUCGCCCACCCUGAUGACGAAGUCAUGUUCUUUGGACCGACACUCGCAGAACUCUCUCGGCCUGAGCAUGGAAACACUAUUCACGUUCUUUGCAUGUCCUCUGGUAACCACGAUGGAUUGGGAGAGACUAGGAAGAAGGAAUUGGUUGCCAGUUGCAAGAUGUUUGGUAUCCGAGAAUCCAACAUCCUCAUCCUCGAGCGCGAGGAGCUGCAGGAUGGACCCACCAACCUCUGGGACCCUUCGUUGGUCGGCGAUCAGAUGAACUUGUAUGCCAAGAAGUACAACAUCGAGACUGUAAGCCAACUGCUCUCCAAUGUCUUGAUCGUUACUUUUGAUGACAGAGGCGUCUCCGCCCACACCAACCAUAUCGCCCUCUACGUCGGAUUAACAUACUUCAUCCAAACAUUCAAGGAGCGCACCCCUGUCAAAUGUUGCUACGUCCUCAAGUCCGUCUCUCUCCUCCGCAAAUACAUCGCCAUCCUCGACUUGCCCAUCACAAUGCUCAAGACCGAAGCUCUCAUGCCCCUCGUCUCGCAAAUGUUUGGGCUUGGUGGUUCGGCUGCCCUUGCGGGGGGUGCCAGUUCAUCGGUCAGGUCCAGGGCCAUGACUCGACCCCAGGAAUUGUUGUAUGUGAGUGCCCCCGCGGCAGUGUUCAAGGCCAAGGCGGCGAUGGAGAAACAUGAGUCCCAGAUGGUUUGGUUCAGGAAGAUUUAUGUUGUUGUGUCGCGGUACAUGUCCAUCAAUGAGUUGAGGAGAGUUAUGUAA